AUGGGCCAUGCUUUGCUGAUUGUUGGACCGAAGACGCUGCGUGCCAAUCGAGACUACACGGUGGUGGUUAGCAAUUUCUACGGUAAACUGAACAAAGCUGAUCUACUGCUGCGCUUGCAAGGUCACGAUGAAGAUGGUCAAACGCUGCUUAAUCUCACCAGGACCGUUGAAGUGCAACAAAUUAUCAGAAGAGAUGUGAUCUUCCAGAUUCCGGCUAUCAACAGUAGUGGAUAUUUCAAACUCACAAUAGAAGGAGUACGUGGUUUUGUCUAUAACGAAGAAGUUGAGCUGGAGUAUUUGGACAAAUCCAUCUCGGGAUUGAUACAGCUUAGCAAGCCCGUCUACAAACCAGGAGAUAGCGUUCAGUUCCGAGUGAUUGUGCUGGAUCCUGAUUUGAAGCCACCAUCAGGGCAUAAGAUGGUGACCGUGACCGUGCAGGACUCGAACGGUAACAACAUACGCAAAUGGUCCGAUGCACAACUGUACAACGGAGUGUUUGAAGGGCAAUUGGACAUAGCUCCUUCGCCUCUCCUGGGGACAUACAACAUCAAAGUUGAGGCAAAUAAUAAGCCAUUGGUUUCCAAGACGUUCGAAGUGAAGGAGUACGUACUGUCCACGUUCGAGGUGGAUGUCUUCCCAACGGACGUGCCACUCGAAGAGCACCAAGCGCUUAACCUUACGAUAGUGGCCAACUACUACAUCGGCAAACCUGUUAUCGGCAGAGUGAAGGUUGAGCUGUAUGACGAAGAUAAUAAUUUGGAAUUAUCAAAGGAAUAUGACGUGAACGGAAAGCUGGAGGUUCACCUUCCCUUUACAAACGAAUUGAUCCUUUUCGGAGAAAAACAGGAUGUUAGGGUGAACGUUAGUUUUUCCGAGCAGUACACAAAUCGAACAGUCGUACAGAAUCGUUUAAUUACGGUGUAUACAAUAUACAAAUAUCAAGUAAAGCUGGAAAAAGAGAGCCCUGCGUUUCGGCCUGGCUCACCGUUUAAAUGCCUUUUGAAGGUUGAACACCGAGAUGGAACUCCAGCGAAGGGGGUUACUGUGCUGGUGCGUAUCGAUGGUUUGGGACUAUCAAACCCAGAACAAAGCCACAAGAGUGAUGAUGCAGGAGCUAUCAAACUACAAUUGAGUACCACUGAUUCUGCAGAAAUAAUUCAAAUCACAGCAUCGAUUGACGAUCAGGAGGUACUUGAAGAUGUUAUAAACAAAAAGGAACAGAAUAUAGAAAAGUUUAUUACAAUUGAUCUUAGAGACAGAUAUGUUGUACUUGGCCAAGAUUUGUCAUUUAGGAUCACUUGUUCGGAUCAGUUGAAGUUCUUUGUGUAUUAUGUUGUCUCUAAAGGAAAUAUCGUGGAUUCCGGUUAUGCACGGCCAGGCAGGAUGUCCAGAUAUACUCUGCAAUUGAAGGCAACGGAAAAGAUGAUGCCUAAAGCGAAAGUAGUCGUCGCAACUGUAACCAACGAUAUUGCUGUAUUUGACUAUGUUGACAUCGAUUUCGAAGAGUUUCAGAACAAAAUUAAUAUAAGAAUCGACGAGCCCAAAAUUCAACCUGGAGGACAAAUUGUCAUUUAUAUGAAUGGUCGACCCAAAACGUAUGUGGCAUUGGCGUCAUACGACGAGAGCUUACACCAACAUGGCAAAAACCACGACAUCAUGCGCGAAAAUAUAUGGAAGAUAUUUGAUGAAUUUCACGACGUACUACCAAACGAGUACGAUAAGAUCAAUAGCAUGGGGCUAUUUGUUCGGACACUAGACGAUGUGACAAUAGAUGCAACCAAUGACAAGUUUGCUCGUAUUGGAGAAGCUGGUACGGGGAAAGAAGAGAAGAGCACAAGCAACCUGGGGUGGAAGUUUAUACAAUACGGAUCUGACUUUAAUAAGUCUUGGCUAUGGAAAAAUAUCACUCUGCCCCGUUCAGGACAUUCCAUAAUGACAGAGAAAGUUCCUGAUACCACAGCUUCCUGGUACUUGACUGGAUUCUCUAUCGACCCAGUGUAUGGUAUUGGAAUCAUCAAGAAACCUCUCGAGUUCACUACUAUGCAUUCGAUUUACAUUAUCGGCAAUCUACCGUAUGCCAUCAAACGUCAUGAAGAAGUAAGGCUGCACCUCACGCUGUUCAAUACAGACGAAGCCAUGAAAUUGGUUGAUGUGACGAUAUACAAUGAAAAAGAUGAAAUCGAAUUCAUCGGUCAACCAGCCAAUGCCAAAAACGAAACAAAAAUCGUUUCCGUUCCUCCGAACGUACCUUAUCCAAUUUCCUUCCUUGUGAAGGCAAAGAAGUUGGGUGAGAUGGAUGUUCGUGUAAAGGCAUUCAUCAGGGGGGAUCCGGUGUAUGAUACUAUCGGAAAGAUUAUACGUGUGACGCCAGAAAGCUAG